AUUGUGGGCCGAUCUGGCCCAAAUGGAGUCCUGCCUUUUUCUCCAAGCCAACCUAUGCUGAAAGGCAGUUCCUUUUUCUACUUUCCUCUCAUUGCUUCAAACCCAACCACUGAGAUCUCACACUGCAACUUCUUCUCCCAGAGUCACUAAUCUUCAACAAUGAAGCUUGAUACCAGUGGUCUCGAAUCGUUUCCUUCACUGAUUGCACCUCGAAAUGACGUCGUUGGAGACCUCUCCGCUGCCCCAUCCUUCGACCUUCCAAAUUCCAAUGAUUUCGAUGGAUUCGUGAAAGAAGCUAUUCAGAUGGUGAAGCCUGCGAAGGGUACCACGACACUUGCUUUUAUAUUUAAGGAGGGUGUCAUGGUAGCUGCUGAUUCUCGAGCUAGCAUGGGAGGAUAUAUAUCAUCACAGUCUGUGAAGAAAAUUAUUGAAAUCAAUCCAUAUAUGCUUGGGACAAUGGCUGGUGGUGCUGCUGAUUGCCAGUUUUGGCACAGAAAUUUAGGGAUCAAGUGUCGCUUGCACGAAUUGGCAAAUAAAAGGAGAAUUUCAGUAACAGGAGCCUCUAAGCUGCUUGCCAAUAUUUUAUACUCUUACCGUGGAAUGGGGCUAUCUGUUGGUACCAUGAUUGCUGGAUGGGAUGAGACGGGUCCUGGUCUAUACUAUGUUGAUAGUGAAGGAGGAAGACUUAAAGGCACUAGAUUCUCUGUUGGAUCUGGUUCACCAUAUGCUUAUGGUGUAUUGGACAGCGGGUACCGAUAUGACAUGUCAGUUGAGGAAGCUGCUGAACUAGCUAGGCGUUCAAUUUAUCAUGCAACAUUUCGUGAUGGAGCUAGCGGUGGAGUUGCUAGCGUUUACUAUGUGGGACCAAAUGGAUGGAAAAAGUUGUCUGGUGAUGAUGUUGGGGAACUUCAUUACCAUUAUUACCCAGUUACUCCAAGCACAGUGGAGCAAGAAAUGGUUGAGGCAACUGGAGCUUGAUGAAGCAACUCAUGGACUUGUUUUUCUAAGUUUCCUUUGCUUGCUUGCUUUGAAUCAAUCACAUGAAACUGAUUAUUUUAUAUUUGAAAACUGACAUUAGUUUGAUGUAUACAAGUACUGUCCUAUCUUGAUGUGUUUUGAGGUCAGGUCAAAGUUACCAUGAAAAAUGAAGGAUAGAGGCAUGUGUAAUGUGGAGUAGUUUUAACGGGAAAAGCACGUUAGACGUCUAUUUGUUGAUGUAAACCAUGAUGCGAAAUAUGGUUUUCUGGCAAUGCAUGGGUAAUUUAGUCUCAAUCAAUUUAGUAUUUGAC